GCAGCUGUACUCGCCAUCCAUGCCGUCCCGCGGCCUCCUCCCACCCGGGGCAGGGCCAGGGCUGUGGGGCGGCGCGGCGCUGCUGGGCGCCAAACGACAGCCAUGGAGCCCGAGCGGCUGCGGCGCCGCCUGAGCUCCGCGUUCCGGGUGCGCGGGCUGCUGCUGCGGGCGGAAGCUGUAAAAUAUCUCACUGAAACUCUUCGGUCCCUCAAUGAAGAAGAGUUUGAAGAUGUAAUCGACAAAAUCAUCGAUGCGGUUGAAAAACAGCCUUUGUCAAAUAAUAUGAUUGAACUGCCCACCGUGGAAGCAGCUGUCCAGGAAUGUAGCCAGGCGAUAGAUGAAACAAUAGAAAAUGUUUUCAACAUUAUUGGAGCCUUUGAUAUUCCACGCUACAUUUAUAAUUCAGACAGAAAGAGAUUUAUACCUCUAUCAAUGACCAACUUUCCUGUACCAAAUUUAUUUGGAACUGCCAGAGAUAAAGCAGAGUUGUUUCGUGAACGCUACUCCAUCUUACAACAGAGGACUCACAGACAUGAGCUGUUCACACCUGCAGCAGUUGUCGUUCAUCCUGACGACAGUAGGAGCAAAUUCCAGCUUAAAACAGUAGAAAGUCUGUUGGGCAAUACAACGAAAGUGAGGGAAGUGAUUGUCCUUGGGAUGAUAACUCAGCUCAAGGAGGGGAAGUAUUUCCUAGAAGACCCUACAGGAGCUGUCCAGCUAGAUCUUAGUAAAGCACAGUUCCACAGUGGUUUAUAUACCGAAUCAUGCUUUGUUUUGGCAGAAGGUUGGUAUGAAGAUGAAGUUUUUCAUGUGAAUGCCUUUGGAUUUCCGCCUACUGAGCCGUCUGCUGCCACUAGAGCCUUCUAUGGGAAUAUAAACUUCUUUGGAGGUCCUUCCUCAACUUCAGUAAAGGCUUCUGCAAAACUGAAGCAGCUGGAGGAUGAAAACGAGGAUGCCAUGUUUGUGUUUCUUUCUGAUGUGUGGUUGGACCAAGCAGAAGUACUAGAAAAGCUGCAUACAAUGUUUUCAGGUUAUUCCUCUGCUCCUCCAACCUGCUUUUUCUUUUGUGGAAAUUUCUCAUCUGCGCCAUAUGGAAAAAACCAGAUUCAGUCUCUGAAAGGUUCUUUGAAGGCUCUUGCAGAUAUAAUAUGUGAAUAUCCCAGCAUUCAUAAAAGUAGUCGGUUUGUGUUUGUUCCUGGCCCUGAAGAUCCUGGUCCUGGUUCUGUUUUACCACGGCCUCCCUUGGCUGAAAACAUCACUCAGGAAUUCAGGCGGCUGGUCCCAUUUUCAGUUUUCACCACAAACCCCUGCAGGAUUCAGUAUUGCACACAAGAAAUAAUUAUCUUUCGUGAAGAUUUGGUAAACAAAAUGUGCAGGAACUGUGUCCGCUUCCCGAGCAGCAGCAUGGACAUUCCCAACCACUUUGUAAAGACCAUAUUAUCACAAGGACACCUGACACCGCUUCCGCUCUAUGUCAGCCCUGUGUACUGGGCCUACGACUAUGCCCUGAGGGUGUAUCCUGUGCCAGAUAUGCUCGUCAUUGCGGAUAAAUACGAUCCCUUCACUGUCACCAACACUGACUGUCUCUGCAUAAAUCCCGGUUCCUUCCCAAGGAGUGGGUUUUCAUUCAAGGUAUUCUACCCCUCCAACAAGACAGUUGAAGACAGCAAGCUUCAGGGGCUCUGACUCCCUACAAGACUGCAAAAAGAGACGGAGCCUUUGUGAGGCCAACCAUAGCAUUGUUUAGAUGGAUUGAUUUGAUGAUGUAUUGCAGGCUGUUCAUAAUAAAUGGCAAAGCCGGGCUUAUUUUGUACGGAAAUAAUAAACUUUUACACAAAAA